AUGGAUAAUGGUGAUAUUUAUCUAUGCCUUCUAGAUUCUUUGACUAUUGUCAAAGCCGAAACUGGUCAAACGGAACUAGUUCGUCAAGAAAAAACCUCCUCUAUUUCAUCCUUUGAUGUACUUUCAAAUGGUGAUUUCAUUAUUGCCUUAAAAUUUGGAUCAUUCCUUUUCAAGCUUAAAACAGAUGGAACUUGGGAAAGGUUUAUCGAUGUGAAAAUGCCACCAUCUGUUUUGAUUAACAGUAAGGAUGAAAUACAUGUUGCCCAUGAAAUGUUUGUGAGUAAGGUUGUUGAUGGUAAAUUGGUGAGAAUUGUUGGUUCUGAUGCUACAACUACUUCUUAUUCCAACAGAAGAUGA